AUGGAUAUUUCCAACAAGAAACCAACCACCAUCGCCAGCUACAGCAUGAAGAAGUUGUUGAAACAGAUUUUCAAACAACAAAAAUCCAAGAAUAUUGCAGCCAACUCAAUGGACUCCCUCGAAUCCUUGGAGAAUAGCCGUAAUGCCAGUCUUGAAAUGGAUUGUUCGUCAUCAUCCAUGGAAUCAUUUGAAAAUGACAUCAAUGAACAAAUCUUGGCUGAGGAGGGUACCUUCUUUUGGACCUCGGCUGUUGAUUAUCAAUUGAGCUGCUUGCAGCAACAAGAUCGUUGGGCCCAGGCUUAA